AUGUUACAGGAUGAAAACGAAAAGUUGAAGGAAGAUCUAUCUAAGAAGGAAAGGAUUAUUAAAUCUCUUCAAGAAACUUCUCAUUCUAAAAUUCAACAAUCUUCAUAUGAUCGCCGAGCACCUAGCCCUCACUCUAGUAGUAUUGCUGAACGUCAAACUGUAUCUCCACGUACCAGACAAACUUCUGGACCAUAUAAAACAGUUCGCUCUGGAUCAUCUAAUUCAAGAAACGCAUCUGCUAAAAAUUCAAGAAAUGCUUCUGCCAGAAGUUCAUCUAUUUCAUCCAGGAAUAAUUCUGCUUUUAAUUCUCGUAAUUCCUCUAGAAACAGCUCUGUUCAAAGCUCUAGGAGAAAUUCAGUAGCAAGUUCUUCGAAUAAUUCAAGAAGUUCAUCAGUGAGGUCUUCUAGAAAUUCAUCCGCUAGAUCAUCAAGAGGUUCCACUCCAACACGUACUAAUACAUCAUAUAGAAGUGAACAUAUUCCUCUGAAAAGGUUUGACCCUACUGCAUGGAAGAAGCAAAGAGAUGCACGCCGUUCGGCUUCUCCUGCUAGAAAAACUUUUUAUUAA